UCUAGGUUCCACGACGUCAUAUCAGACGAAGAGAUUUUACAACUACAGGAUACCUGCAAACAGAACAUGAAGGUAGCAACUGUUAUUGGAGCGGAUGGAAAAAAAACCCAAAAUCUUCACUAUAGAACUGGUGCAAGUACCUGGGUGGAACCUAGGAAGAAUAUUUCUCUAAAACUAGAAAAACGAGUUGAACUUUUAACAGGACUCGAUACAUUCUAUAGAAAGGAGGUUAACACGUCCCAAUACUUCAAUAUGGUGAACUACGGACUUGGGGGACAUUAUAUCCCACACCUGGAUGCAGUAAAUUCCCGAACAUACAAAAAGGAAGGCUGGAACAAUACUUUUGGAGACAGAAUAGCUACCUGGAUGUUUUAUCUUAACACAGUAGAAGCAGGGGGUGCAACUGUUUUCCCCAUUCUCAAUCUCAAGAUAUUCCCCAUCAAAGGGUCGGCCGUGUUCUGGUACAAUCUCUUGCCAAGCGGUGUCAUUGAUGAACGGACAAUGCAUGCGUCUUGCCCGGUGCUACUUGGGACGAAAUGGAUUACUACAAAGUGGAUUCUUGAAUAUGGCCAGGAAUUUCGGAGACCGUGUAAAACUAACAUCAUGGACGAAGAUUUCUGAUUUAUGUGAUGAAAUGAAACAUUGUUAUAAUUUUGAUUUAUAGACAGAGGUAGAACUAUGUUAACAUCUAACAAUACAUUUCGUUCACAUUUGUUGUAAUUAAUUAUAUAUCCUAUAAAUAAAUCUUAUCUAAACACAUUCAUUUUAUGCAUUGGCAUCUAUAAAAAGUAUCUGCUUCACGCUGUGCAUGUAUCAAUUGAGAAGUUUUAAGAAAAUUCAAGUAUUUUUCAUCAUUAUAAUUUCGUUUGUAUCAUGUGUGUUUUUUCUGCUUACGACAACAAUACUGAUUAUGAA